AUGACUGCAUCCACCCAUGUAUUUUCUCAACUCUCACUUUGCGGAAAAGUCGCUGUUGUGACGGGAGGGGCACAGGGAUUAGGCUACGAGAUGAUGCUUGCUCUUGCUGAAGCAGGUGCCGAUGUUGCCUGUAUAGACUUACAAGUUGAAAACGGUGCAAAGGCUGUUUCAAAGAUUGAAACGGAAUGCAAAAUCAAGGGAAGCAGCUGGGGAUGUGAUGUGACCAACGAAGAAGACGUUGCCAGAGUCUUCGAUCAAAUCGAGGAGCACCAUGGACGAAUCGAUAUUCUUGUGGCAGCAGCUGGCAUAAACCAUGUAUGCCCAUCGCUCGAAUACUCAGCUCAGGGCGUUCGCAAGAUCUUGGAUGUCAAUGUGGCUGGCACGUUUAAUUGUAUGCAGCAAGCGGCAAAGCACAUGAUCCUUAAAAGUAUUCAAGGUUCCAUCAUUGCUAUUGCAUCCAUUUGUGCUCAUGUUGCCACUCGUCCUCAAACUCACAUACCCUAUAAUGCUAGCAAAGCUGCUGUGCAUCAAUUGACAAAAUCGCUUGCAUGUGAGUGGGCUCCUCAUGGUAUCCGUGUUACGUCUAUUUCUCCUGGUUACUUUGAUACAGCCAUGAAUGCACAAAACAUCCGCCAAAUGGGCGAACAAGGUGUCAAAACAAAGCAAACAUGGGAAGCUGAGACACCGCUUGGUCGAAUGGGCAAACCACACGAGCUUAAAGGAGCAGUCGUAUUCCUUGCUUCCGAUGCUGCUGCUUAUAUGACAGGCACAGACAUCGUGGUUGAUGGUGGUUAUACGUCUUGGUAG